CACGCGAAUGAGCUCAAUUACUGGCUCCAGAUAUGGGAACAACAUCAAACGUCCGAUUCCAACUGAUGGAACAUGCUGCUGCCGGAGACGCUUCGAAAGUACCAGAAUGAGUAUGUGGCAUCGAUAGCUGCAACCCUUUCGGUGUUUAUGGUAGUAACAACAAACGCCUGGUCUUCGCCGGCACUCCCGAAAUUGAGGGCUGAAGAUUCUCCGAUCCGUAUCACCGAAGAUGAAGGUUCUUGGAUUGUGGCCAUUCAGGCAUUGGGCGCCGGGUUUGGCCCAAUCUUCACCGGUGUGGCCGCUGAUCGUAUUGGGAGGAAGCUGACGUGCCUAUCAACCUGUAUUCCGGCAACGGUUGGCUGGAUUUUGAUAGGAGUCGGCGAUCAGGUUGGAUAUCUGUACGCAGCAAGAUUUCUGUUUGGAGUUUCCUAUGGAGUGGUUUAUUCAGUGACCCCGAUAUAUCUCGGAGAAAUUACCUCGGAUGCUAUUAGAGGAUCUGCAGGAACGUUGAUUACAGUGCUGGCCAAGCUCGGAUUCAUGGCCGUUUAUUGCAUAGGGCCCUACGUGGCGUACAGAACAUUAGCCUGGAUGUCCAUGGCAGGUCCGGUGAUCUUCGUUGUCUGUUACAUUUGGAUGCCUGAAUCACCAUAUUAUCUAUUAGGCAAGAAUAAAGAUGCCAAAGCAGAGAAGAGUCUCUCAUGGCUAAGACGUCUAAAAGACGUUUCCGACGAGCUACAAGCCAUGAAGAGAUCCGUUGAAAGUUCGAAGUCGGAUCGAACUUCAAUAAAAGAACUUUUCAACCCCGCAAAUCGAGCCAGCUUACGCAUCCUGCUUAUUCUAGUGUUCAGUAUGCAAAUGACUGGGUUGCUUGCCAUACUUGGUUAUGCUCAAACAAUAUUUGAAAAAAUUAACACAAACCUGAAACCUGAAGAGAUGUCCAUCGUACUGGGAGCCGUUCAGUUCGUAGCCGUCAUAUUUCCUGCAGUACUUGUCGAUCGCAUGGGAAGACGGCCGCUGCUUUUGCUUUCGACGGCUGUCACUGCGGCAAGUUUGCUGGCGUGCAGUAUUUACUUCAUUAUUGAACCAAACGCUACCAAUCAUGGCUGGAUUGCAUUCGUCACCUUGCUACUGUACAUCGUUUCCUACGGAAUGGGAUUGGCAUCGGUUUCAUUCGCCGUUUCCAGUGAAAUAUUCCCGAAAAAUAUUCGGGCAUUAGCAAACGCCGCUUUUGCUAUGUUUAGUGCUCUGGUUGUGCUCGGUGUAGUGAAGAUGUUCCAGGUCACUCUGGACAGCGUUGGGCCACAGUUGCCAUUUGGAAUUUUCGGAAUCUGUGGAUGUGUUGGUUUUGUGCUGAUCUACUUCUUUGUACCGGAAACCAAAGGUUUGUCGCUGGAUGAAAUUCAACAAGUAAUGAAUCGUCAGAAUAAAAAACCUGCUUAA